AUGGCUGACACCACCCCCUCCCUCCCCGCCCCCGCACCGCCCAUCGGGAACUACAUCCUAGGCUUCCUCCUAAUCGGACUGGCCUGGGGCUUCACAACGCCCUUCAUCCGCGCGGCCGCGCGCUCGCAUAAGCCUCCCGCGCACCCGAUUCUCGAGACGGCGGCGGUGAAGGGGAGUCGGAUCCGGAGCGCGGUGUAUGGCGCGUUUUUUGGGAUUACGGAUUUGUUGAGGAAUUGGCGGUAUGCGGUGCCGUUGGUGGUGAAUUUGACGGGGAGCGUGUGGUUCUUUUUGUUGAUUGGGCAGGCUGAAUUGAGUCUUACGGUGCCGAUUACGAAUUCGCUGGCGUUUUUGUUUACGGUUAUUGGGGAUUGGUAUGUGGAGGGGAAGGUGAUUAGUAGGGAUACGUGGAUUGGGAUGACGUUGAGUUUGGUUGGGAUUGGGUUGUGUGUGCAGAGUAAAUUGUGAGGAGGUGGAGGGGGAGGGGUUGUAUAUGAUAAUAGGAUGAGGGGUUAGAUGGACAACUGCGUUGCUAGAUGCUUCUGCUUGAUGCGGAUGCGCCGGAGAGGGGUUGAUAGAUAAUGAACAAUUCUCAUUUGUGGCUUCUACGCCGUCGGUCAUUGAAAGCUAUAGUAUCAUAAAAUAAUAAAAUGCCGCAUGGA